UUAAGCAUCUUAUUUUCGUCAUAGAGGCCUUAAUAUUGAAGUGUUUUUAAAGCAACAUGUUUACUUUAAGACUACAAAAGAUGUAAUUAACCACCGCAUGGGCUAAAGUAUCUAAUCAUCACAUACGUAUACACACACACAGACACAUCUGAGUAUAAUUACUAAGUCGGUGUAGAGCCGCUUUAAUUGGAAUUCUCAUCGUAACAGCCUCCCUUUCAUCAAUUAAAAUGAAUAGUACAUAAGCAUUUUGCAGUCGUCAUCAUCAUCACUUUAAUUAUAAAGCAUUUCACAAUUACUUACCUAUAUCAAGAGAUAAAUUUAACUGCAUUCUAGAGAUCAGCUCUAUCAAUAUACGAGUAUUCCAUAAAGUAAAGGUUGAUUUGUCUUCUACUUUAAACUAUGGCAAAUAUUACUUUGAGCGAAGAAGAACUGUGUGAAAUUUAUGAAACAGGGAUUCAGCUUGCAAAAGAAUGUGGACAUAUGAUUAAAGAAUGUUUUUACCGAGACAAAAAAGUGACAACAAAAGCCUCUUAUGCUGAUCUUGUUACUGAAACAGACCAAAAUGUGGAGAAAUUUUUUACUAAAGAGAUAAAAAAACAUUAUCCAGGACAUAGUGUCAUUGGAGAAGAAACCACAGCUGAUGGUAAGAAAAUUGAGUUUACUAAUAAUCCAACAUGGAUCAUUGAUCCAAUUGAUGGGACUACUAACUUUGUACAUAAAAUACCAUACACAUGUAUUUCUAUUGGAUUGACAGUCAACAAAGAGCCAGUAAUUGGAAUUGUGUAUAACCCAAUCACAGAUGUAUUUUUUAAAGCAAGAAAAGGACAUGGUGCAUUUUGUAAUGACAAAAAGAUAUCAGUGACUGGUUUAGAAGAGAUAGAGUCAGCCAUGUUUAUUAUGGAAUUUGGCUCUAAUAGAGAACCAGACAAGAUGGCUAUCAAGUUUAGGAACCUCUUCAAUCUAAACAAAGCAAGUCAUGGCUUGAGAGCAUAUGGUUCUGCUGCACUAAAUAUGUGUAAUGUUGCUCAAGGAGAAGGAGAUGGAUAUGCAGAACAUGGCAUCCACUGUUGGGACAUUGCUGCUGGGGCUGUUAUUGUGAGAGAAGCAGGAGGAGUUGUAAUAGAUCCUUCUGGUGAUAAAUUUGAUGUAAUGAGCCGAAAGGUUUUAGCAGCAGCAAGUAUGCCACUAGCAUUAAAGAUGUCUGCUGUGUUGGAAGAUCCUGGAUUUGAAAGAGACUAACAACAGUAAAAUGAAUAGGGACACAUUACAGUUACUCUGCUCUUUGUUGUUGAUGUUGUGAAGGCUAGACCUUACUGCCAUUAGCCAUUAAGUUUCAGUAGAGUUGAUAGUGAUCCUCUGAUGGCUUCUUCUGGUCAAAAUAGAAAGAUGUGAAUAGUUCUGAAAAGAAUUAAUGAGUGCAGAGUUCAGUAAUUAUUUUAGCAAACAUCUCUUGCUUUUAAUUUUGUCAUGAUUCACUAAAACAAAAUCUACCAAUGAUCUAUAACUGAUUUUCAAAAUUAAAUCUAUGUUUCAUCUUCAAUCAAA